AUGGAUGAGAAGCUGCAGGCGCAUCAGGUUGACAUCGACCCGGAUUUUGAACCUCAGAGUCGGCCUCGCUCUUGCACCUGGCCGCUGCCUCACCCCGACUUUCCGGGCGAAGACGACGAUGGAAGCGGCGGUGCGGGAGGAAGAGGAGGAGGAGGCGGCGGCGGCGGCGGCGCCCCGAAGCACCCCUUGGCCGGCGGCACCGAAGGCGCCGAGAACGCCGGCGUGGCGGCGGAGCGUGGCAAAGCGACCCCGGCGCUGCCUUCUUUGAGCGCGGACGUUGGACAGCUCCGCAAAGCCAAGACUUCGCGGCGGAACGCUUGGGGCAACCUGUCGUACGCGGAUCUCAUCACCAAGGCGAUCGAGAGUUCCCCGGAGAAACGGCUCACCCUCUCCCAGAUCUACGACUGGAUGGUCCGAUACGUGCCCUAUUUUAAGGAUAAAGGCGACAGCAACAGCUCCGCGGGCUGGAAGAACUCAAUCCGGCACAACCUGUCCUUGCACACCCGCUUCAUCCGUGUGCAAAACGAAGGCACCGGCAAAAGUUCCUGGUGGAUGCUGAACCCCGAAGGGGGCAAAACGGGGAAGACGCCCCGCCGGCGAGCCGUCUCCAUGGACAACAACAGCAAGUUCCUGCGCAUCAAGGGCAAAGCCAGUCGGAAGAAGCAGAGCCAGGCUGCUCAGGAACGAGGAGAGGAAAGCGCAGCUAGCCAGCAGGCCAAAUGGUCCGAGAGUCCCACCUCCCAUGCCGGCGAGGAAUACGACGCUUGGGCUGACUUCCGGACACGGGCCAACUCCUCGGCCAGCACGCUGAGUAGUCGCCUCUCCCCCAUCAUGGCCAACCAUGAGCCGGAUGAGUUGGAGGAGGACGACGGGACCCCGUCCUCCCCGCUGAUGUACCCCAGCCCUUCGAGCACCCUGUCGCCCUCCCUGAACGCCCGCUGCUCCGUGGAGAUGCCCAGGCUGACCGAUCUGACCGGCACCAUCAACCUGAACGAGAGCCUGGGGGAGAGCCUUCUCGAGGACCUGCAGGACAACUACAGCAUGAGCCCAGCCCAGCCGCUUUCAGCUGGAGGACUUCGGCCCAGGACCUCCAACUUCGGCUUCAGCUCCAAGUGCUCCUCCGUGGGUGCAGGUGGUGCGGGAGGGGGAGGAGGCGGGAAUACCUACUCUGGGACUAUUUAUAGCCAGCCUGCCAUGAGCAUCAUGCGCCGCCUGCCCAUGCAGACCAUCCAAGAGAACAAGCAGGCCACUUUCGUCCCCAUGAAUUCCUACCGCAAUGCCUCGUUGCAGGACCUGCUCUCGUCCAUUUCCUACGCGCACAAGGAAGGGGAGCCGCACCUGCCCCCGGCCAACAGCAUGGGCUUGCCCCGCAACCACAGACAAAAUGCCCUGGUGUGUAGCGGUGCGGGUGGGGGCGGAGAGAUAGGCUUGGUCCCCUACCCUCCCCACGCGUCCUCUCUCAUGAAGAGCAACACGUUGUAUCACCACCCAUCACCAGCCGGCCACCCCCCUCCCCUUAACAACAGUGCCUUACCCUCUCCGAUCAGCCUUAUGAGCCUGCCCAGUGACCCUUGCAGCAUGGUGAGCAUGCCUCAUCACGGGCACCUCCAUUCCUACGUCGGCAAUCAGGGGGCGCACAUGAGCUUGCUAGAUUCCUUGCAGGGACCUUACCCAGAAGCCAUGCAUACCCCUGUUUUGAGUCAGGACAGAUUCCCCGCCGACCUAGACUUGGACAUGUUCAACGGGAGCUUGGAAUGCGAUGUGGAGUCCAUCAUCCUCAAUGACUUCAUGGACAGUGACGAGAUGGACUUCAACUUUGACUCGGCUCUUCCGCCACAGAACGGUCUCAACGUGGCCCCUUUGCCCAGUGCCCCACAGCCCAACAAUCAAAGCUGGGUACCUGGAUGAGGCCCAUUCAGGCUGCUCAGGCCCAGCAGCGAGUGGGGGUGAAGAGGGGAACCAGAACUCUUUCCUCCACCAUUCAGCCCUGCUCUUCUUCUUCUUCUUCUUCUCCUUCUUCUCCUUCUUCUUCUUCUGUUCUUUGCCUUCAUUUCUUCAGCCAGGCUAGAGCCAUCUGUUGAAACUUGACAAUGACACUACACUAUACAUGCACGCACGCACGCACACACACACACACACAAACACAAUGUAGGGUAAAAAAAUGUUUUGACAGGUACCGGCGGCUUCCCGCCUUGUGCCAGUUGUAUUGUGCAGUAAGUCGGAUCUGUCUUUGAUGUGUGCAAUAGGCACAACUUAGCCAUGGCAUUGCAAAGUCGCUUCCCCCCCCCUCAAUCCUCCUUCUCUCCCUCCCUGGGCAUUUGCACUAUUGCACAGAAAGAGGGAACGGGAUCUGUGACCUGAAGAACAGUCUAGAGCUAUUGCCAAGCAUCCACGCUAAUCCCGAUUAGGGGCCCCCAAACUCCCAGUCUGUGGACCGGCAUUAGACUGAGGCAUGCCAGAAACUGGGCCACACAAACAAGUGAAGCCCCAUCUGUGGGAUACAGGCAGCACAUGAAACCAGACCCCUUCCGGUCCAUGGAAAAACCUCUUUCCAUUGGAACCAGUCCCUGGUGCCCCAAAAGUUGGGGGCCGCUGACUUAGAUGGCUUCCAUGAAAAAGUUUUAGAACAAAUUUUCCACUGGCUUUCUAACUACCUAAAUUCUAAUUUGAUUUCUUCUUCUCCUCGCUCAUUCCUUGCCCAUAUAUGGCCCACAUUUUAUGCAGCUACCAAGAGCAAUGGGGAAGAACUAACCUAGGUUUAUCAUGCGAUGGCUCCAUUAUAGCUCCAUCCUUUUAGCCGAAUCGCUGAGGAUUUGUUCAACAGGUAGGAAAAAUAGAUCUGAGGUAUUUGUGGCAUGGCUGGUGCAGAAAGGAAGCAACAAGUGUUUGAUUGCUAUAAAUCUAGCCCCUGACUCUGCCUUGCCCCAUAGACAUGGGGGUGUAACAGGAACGGAACUCGUUUGCUCAUUUUCAUGUUCAUUUUCAUGCCAUCUGGGUUUGCAACAGAAACAGCUCACAGGAUGAAAUGCGCACGCACGUGGCCAUGUGGGAGAAUGGGCCCUGAUACCAUUUGCUCCAGCAUACAAAUAUGCGCAGUUUGCACUUACACAUGGCAUUUGGCAUUAUGCUGCUGGGAUGGGCAGGUUAAGUAGGAAGGAAGAAUGGGAAGGACCGGUGGCACCUUAUUUUCAGCGUUUGCACCUCCAGUAAUGAAACUUGUAAGGCUGAACCUAACAAGAAGCUAAUAUGAUAUCCCCAAUAAUAAAUUUUGGAAAUGGGUAACAUCUUUUCUUCCAUGCAAAGAAAAAACGGAAGGUCCAGAAUUGAAUGGGAUGAAAGAAGGAACCACACCUGAAAAAGGAUUGGCUUUAUUAAAAUAGGGGGACGAAGAACCCAAACCACAAGGUGAUGAGAGAAAACUAGAGUUCUAUCCAGAUAUGGCAUGAUAGAUAAUGGGUAGAUGCCAUGGUCAACGUGAGAAAAGGCUAAAUACCUGGGACUCAUCUC